AUACUGAAACAUACUCUACUGAGCCAUAAUCUAAGAUCUGCUCAUAUUCCGUAAGCUGAUUGGCUAUUUCAGUAGUCAACUCAUAUUAUAGUUGAAAAAUAGUGAUUGAAUGAAGUAUGCCACCUACACAUAACUCGUUAAAUGAAUAUCUCAACGCAGAACGAGUGGAAACAGAUGGCGUGCAACAAAAGGCAUGGCUUACAAGUUCAAUUAUUAAAAUUUUACUAUUUAUCCUCGGAGCAAUCCUACUAUGUUCAAUAGUAUUGAUUCUGCUCGCCACAGCCCUAACACAUACGUCUUGGUUUCUUCGCCGAAGGCGUUCUUGUCAAAGACGAUUGGAUGGAUCAAACAGACCGAAAUUUACAGUGAAAGACUUUAUUUUAAACUACUUCUGUAUAGCAGUCGAAGCACUCGCAAUAAACUUCAAAAUGAUGAUGAAACUACAUCUAAGGCAGCAAAGUCAUCAAACCAAAAGUCAGUUGAAAAGACCUGUGAACAACCUUCACUGCCUUUAAGGUUUCAACCGGAGAAACUCUACGGAGCUACCAAAACAAUGCAGAGAGAUAGGUACCGAAAAGCAAGUUGCAUUAAUCUACCGCUACAUCCCCAGCAAAAGCAAUAUCGGAAGAAAUCUAUGCUUGACCAAUUUAUGUUUACUGAGCAGAGAAGAAGUUCAAACUGUCAGAUUCGAACAGCCUAUCAAGAAGUAACCUCUCUAUCCAUCACUCUCAUCUAGUAGGUAGUGAUAAGAUUCAUUUCGAAACAUCUAAAUUCCCAACAGAAGAUAAAGCUGAACAGAAAGAUAUUCAAAUCGUCCCUUCAAAUUCUACAUAUAUAUCUAGUUAUGAUCAAAACUGUGGCCGCAAAACAUCCAUUUCAACAGAAGAUUCUAAAUUCUUUUGUCAAGUUCCGAAAGAUAACUGUCUGGCCGUCCCUACAAUUACACGGAGAGCUUCGGCUACAGACUAUGAACUCCUUGACAAUCGCUCCACUAAAUUAAGGAAAGUAUCGCAGACACCAAUUUCUAUAACGAUAACUGAUGCACAAUCUGAUCUUGGUGACAGUGUAAAUGUGAAGAUGGAGGAUGUGCUUUUCCCCAGUACUUCAGGAUUAUCACUGGAGGACCCUAGAGUGACUCGACGAAACAGUUUUUUGUCUUAUUCAACAGUUCUGGGAAUAACGAGUAAAGAAGAUUUAGGAUCUGGAGGAGCUGAAAACAACAUUUCCUGUGUUGUGCAGCCAGUAUUUUCUGAAAAAGGGAACAAGAUUGAGAGUUCUUCAUCAUUUUCUAAUGUCAUACACCUGGAUCAGUCUUCACUGCAGAACAAAAAUAUUGACAAAAUCAGUAGCUUUCCCAAACGACUUCCACCACCUAUCACAUAUGACUGGAUGCAAUUUCCCGCCGGCAUUAUGGCUAUUGGUAUUAAGUACUUACCACAAGUUAAUGCGAAGGAAGAUCAAAUCUUAGUCACUUUACAUGCUGCCAAGAAUCUUUUGUCACCCCGAUUAUGGCACAAAACAACAUUUAAUGUUCAGUGCACCAUCUCAGCUAAAGACUAUUCGGAGACAUUCAUGGUUCACAGUAAGGAAAGUGAAUUUGGCUGCCUAUAUUUUUUAAAUCACAACACGGUUUCAAUGAAUAUACCUGUGCAGAGAAGUUCAAAGGCUCCUGAAGUAAAUGAUACUGAAAUACCGAAAAUACUCAUUACACUUAAUAUCUUUGAGUCCAUUCCUAAGUGGUCUGGUGAUAGAGAAUACUAUCAUGGCUCUUGUAGUUUGUCAACAGAGGAACUUGCUAUUGGUCAAGAUAAUUUUGAACAUAUUGGCUGGUGCCUGGUUGAAGAAGCCUACCCAGUGAUCCGUUUGUCAGGAGAUAUGCUUAUUUCGAUAUGCCGCAAUCAAAACAAAGGAUUUGUGAACGUUAGAAUACAUGAAAUUCGAAAUAUGAAAUUCAGUUCAUGUGGAAAGUGGAGAAUUGAAAAUCUGAACAACUUAGUAAAUAACAGAUCUUAUGAAAUAACAGUCCACGCCUGUUUAGUUCAUGCUGGUCAUAUACUGAAGGCAAUUAAAGCAACGACAAUUCAUCAUCCUGCACAUAGAUCCUCAAAGUCAUAUCAGACUGAUGGGCUCAGUUUACUGGAAUGUAAGAUCAAGGAAGAAGGAAUUAAAGAAACAAAGAGAUCUAACAGUAUUACACUAAAUGACUGUUAUGUUCAGUUUAAUUUACCUUCAGUGAAAAAAUCAUUUGAAAAACACUUGUCAGUCAAACAUGGUGUAAUAAUAUAUAUGACGAGUAAACUACCGGUACCAGAUCUUAUACCGUAUGAAUGUGCAAAUCAACUAAAACAAAUGGGUAUGACUAAUAUACGGACAUUACAUGCAACUGGUGAAUGCCACUUUGGUGAUUAUGGCUUUCAAAAUGAUGCCAUUAAAGAUAUCAACAGGCCACCAUCAUGUCAACUGAGUCAAAGUUAUGCAUUUUGGAAUGAUGCAGGAUCACGUAAUGGAACACGCAUCUACCAAUGGCUAAGUAUGGAGUAAUUUUACUGGUCACAAUCCAGCGAAAUCGAGUUUCUCAACUCAUAAGUUUGUCGAAUGUUCAGUGUUCAGCAUCGCGUCUGUUCAACUAAUUCAUUCAUGAACCUUUUUUGACCACAUCUUUUGUUUUUGACUCAUUGACCUCAUCCAAGUUUUAUUCAAACAAAUGAAAACAUUUCAGCUUUUCUUUCUUCUGAAAAGAACUCAUUAUUUCCAAAUCGUCAGUAAGAAAUAACAAACGUAUAAAAAUUUGAACAAAUUUUCACUAGAAAUCGAAGAUAAUUUAUUCUUUCAUCGCUGCAUUUAUUCUUCUGAUUCAUGCUAUCACUGAUAAUUUGCCAUGGUGGGUCUAUGUCCUCUCUGAAAUCCAUUCAAUAAUGUAUCUCAUUCAUGUUGCUACUUCCAUGAAAACAUCAGUUUAGCACCAACAGCACCAAACAUUUUCCAUAUAAAGUAUAUCUGUAAACUAUAUUUUGCAUUAAACGCAACUUUAAUGUACGCUACUUAAAUAUAAAGAUAUUCAUUUACACUGAGUGUGC